UCUCACUCUUACGAUAAGAAGACAACUUUUUCUUUGUCUAGUCAUCAGAAAAUCUUGAAAGAGAGCGAAAAUGAAUGGUGAUCUUGAUAUUACUAAAGGAGACGAUGAGUUCGAGAGUGAUAGCUUAGAAGAAAUGUCUGGUGAUGAUGAUGAUAAUAAACAUGAACAACGCCCUAAAAAGAAGAAGAAGAAGAAGAUGUCAAAGUACCGUAGACACACUUCUUACCAGAUUCAAGAACUCGAAUCUUUCUUCAAAGUGUGUCCUCAUCCUAAUGAAAAGCAAAGGCUUGAACUUGGAAGCAAACUUUCUUUGGAGAGUAAGCAAAUCAAGUUUUGGUUUCAGAACAGAAGAACACAAAUGAAGACGCAACUAGAGAGGCAUGAGAAUGCGAUUCUCAGACAAGAGAAUGAAAAACUGCGUGUAGAAAACGGUAUCCUUAAAGAAGCAAUGAGAAGUCCUACAUGCACCAACUGUGGUGGAGCAGCUACACCUGGCGAGGUCUCACAUGAGCAGCAACAGCUUAGGAUGGAGAAUGCUAAGCUUAAGUACGAGCUCGAUAAGCUUUGCGCUUUAGCAAACAGAUUCAUUGGCGGUUCUAUCUCACUCGAGCAGCCUUCAAAUGGUGGUGGGGUUGGAUCACAGGAUUUGUCUUUAGGACAUGGUUUCACCAGAGGUACUUCCACGUUUAUGGAUCUUGCUGUGGUGGCUAUGGAUGAGUUGAUAAGGCUAGCUGAAGUGGAUAAUCCUUUAUGGAUAAAAUGUUCAAAGAGUGAGAGAGAUUCAAUGAAGCAUGACGAGUAUACAAGCCUUUUUGCGGGUAGUAAACAUCCAGGUUUUGCAGCUGAAGGUUCAAGAGAAACUGGUUUAGUUCUAAUCAAUAGCUUGACUCUUGUGGAGACUCUAAUGAACACGAACCGAUGGGCAGAGAUGUUUGAGUGUAUUGUAGCUGCUGCAUCAACCGUGGAAGUGAUAUCUAACGGUAGCGGUGGAUCUAGAAACGGCUCUCUUCAAUUGAUGGAAGCAGAGUUUCAAGUGAUGUCUCCAUUAGUUCCAAUUAGACAGGUGAAGUUUCUUAGAUAUUGCAAGCAACAUGGAGAUGGUUUAUGGGCGGUCGUGGAUGUUUCUUAUGAUGUAAACAGAGAAAGUCAGGACUUGAAGUCUUAUGAUGGCUUAAAGAGGCUCCCCUCAGGAUGCAUCAUAGAAGACAUAGGCAAUGGUUGCUCCAAGGUGACGUGGAUUGAACAUUCAGAGUAUGAAGGGAGUCAUAUCCAUCCUCUUUACCAACAGUUGCUCAGUUCUUCGGUUGGGUUAGGUGCAACCAAGUGGCUUGCAACUCUGCAGAGACGAUGUGAAAGCUACACAACCCUUUUGUCUUCUCAAGACCAAACAGGUUUGUCACUCGCUGGCACCAAGAGCACACAAACACUCGCGCAGCGUAUGAAGCUCAGCUUCUAUUCAGGCAUAACUGCAUCACCCAUUCACAAAUGGGAGAAGCUUGUAGCUGAGAACGUGGGACAGGACACAAGGAUACUGACCAGGAGGAGCCUUCAGCCUUCUGGUGUUGUCUUAAGCGCUGCAACGUCUAUGUGGCUACCGGUUACUCAGCAGAGACUGUUUGAGUUUCUGUGUGAUAGUAAAUGCAGAAACCAGUGGGAUAUUUUGUGUAAUGGUGCUUCAGUGGAAAACAUGCUUCUCAUCCCAAAAAGGCAACGUGAAGGAAGAUGUGUCUCUCUCCUUCAACCUGCUGGAAAGCAUCAAAGUGGGAACAGUAUGCUUAUCCUGCAAGAGACAUGGAGUGAUGCUUCUGGUGCGCUUGUGGUUUACGCACCUGUAGAUGUCCCAUCUAUGAAUAUGGUAAUGAGCGGUGGAGAUUCAGCUAACGUUGCACUUCUUCCAUCAGGUUUCUCUAUAUCGCCUGAUGGAUCAUCAUCAUCAUCAUCAUCAUGGUAUGAUCAGAUCGAUACCCAUGGAGGUUUUGUGAACCAUGAAAGCAAAGGAUGUCUCCUGACAGUAGGGUUUCAGAUCUUAGUGAACAGCGUACCGACGACAAAGCUCAACAUGGAAUCUGUUCAAACUGUGAACAACCUCAUCGCUUGCACCAUUCACAAGAUCAAAGCCGCUCUUAGUAUACCUGCUUAACUAAAUUUCUAGAGACCUAUUCUUGUUUCCCUUUCUGGAAUAUUUUGUGGAAGACAAUAGAAGUUGAGUAACAUUUG